AUUUGCCGAAUUUUUCCUUUUUAAUUUGUUCCUCUAGUUUCUCUGAUUUGCGCGCGCCGCGAAAAAACAAAAACAACCAACAUGAACUCACCACCAAAAUUGAAGAGAAAGAAGAAGGUGAAAGUUUGCCCCAAUCCUCUUUUUGUACAGUGGCUGACUGAUUGGCGAGACGCAGCAGCAGAAAAGGGAAUAAAAACUCAAUAUGCUUAUGGAAAGGCAUUGGUUGCACUGAAGAAGUACCCUCUUCCAUUUGAAUCUGGCAAAGCUGCAAAGAUCCUGGACAACUUUGGAGACAAAAUAUGUGGCAUGCUAGAUAAGAAGUUAGAAGAGCACUAUGCUAAACAAGCUGAAAGUCCCCCAGCAGUAGUUGAUAUAGACAAUGAUGACAGUGAUGAAAUCGUAGAUAUACAGUCCAGUUCUGCAGCUGAGUAUACUAACAUCUUACAAGAUAAAGCUGUAAAUGAAGGAACGAGAAAAAAGAAGUCAUCUCCUAGAAGUGCUACAAAGCGAGAAUACAUUCCUCUUCAUAGAUCUGGUCCUUACAGCUUGAUUCUCACUCUCUAUAGGAACCAUACAAGACCAGGAAGUAAGGGAUACAUGCACAAAACUGAAUUACAAGAUGCUGCUCAACCAUUGUGUGACAAGGCUAUGAAGAUACCUGAUCCUGGUUCCCAUUAUACUGCAUGGUCAUCUAUGAGUACUCUAAUCAAUAAGGGAUAUGUCUACAAGGAAGGUAGUCCAGCAAGGUACAUAAUUACAGAGUCUGGAUGUGACCUUGCACAUAAGAUAGAAGCAGUUGAUAUUCAGCAACCUACCACAGUAUCACCAUCAGUCCCGGGAAGGUUGCCUUCAACAGCACAGCAACCUGCAACAGAUCAUCUACCAAGGAUACCACCCUUAGAUAACACCACAGCAGUAGAUCAUGAAGAUCAUAUAUCAAUAUUAGCAUCAAGGAGUAUUUGCAGGUCAGUACUUAAUGUUCCGAACUACUGCUACGUCGAUGACCAAGGGAGAGAAGUUACAUUGAAGGACGAAGCAGCUGUCACCGUUAAUGAUGAUGGAGUUGGUUUCUUGAUAAAAUGCUCAGAAACAUCAUUGCAAUCCAGCUCACUACGCUACAGUAUUGACAGGGAGAGGACUGCAGUGCAUGGUUUAUGUUAUGCGUUUCUUCACAAUGAUGAUGCCUCUGAAGUUUGUCCAGCCUCUAAGAGCUCACUUUCUGUAAAUGAAGAACUUGACAGAGUUGCUGAAAUAUCUAAGAAGGCAUCCCUCAGUCAUUCAGAAUCAGGAUCAUCUUAUGCUCCUUCUUCUUACCCAUCCUCAUUCAGGACACAUCAAAGCAGCUUCAGGGUGGAUUCUGAUGGCGCUACAAACAAAGAACAUAGAUCAGAGAAGACUAGUAGUGAUCACAUCAUGCCUGCUCCGGUAUUCACUCUCAGACCUGGCCAGUUUGAUGUUAUCCUGUGUGUUGAUAACUGUGAAACAACAGGUAUUGGUGGAAGAGAGGGCAAGGGCAGGAAGCACGUCCUCCUGAAAGAGCUUCAGAAGAAUGGGGUGAACCUUGAUGUGAGAAAGCUCCAGGUUGGUGACUUCUUGUGGGUUGCCAGAGAGAAGGGUAGUGCUGUUCCAGGGAUGCUCCAGAUGCCUCAAAGAAGAGAGGCAGUACUUGACUAUGUGGUAGAGCGUAAGAGGAUGGAUGAUCUGUGUUCCAGCAUCCAGGAUGGACGAUUUAAAGAACAAAAGUUUCGUCUAAAGCAAUGUGGUCUUGGUCACCCUAUCUAUCUAGUAGAAGACUUUGGUUCAACGGAUCACAUGUCCAUUCCAGCUGCUACUCUGCUUCAGUCUGCUGUCAAUACACAGGUGAUUGAUGGCUUCUUUGUGAAGAAUACACAUGACAGCAAAGAAUCAGCUGCCUACCUUACUAUCAUGACCAGAUACCUUAACAGCCUCUACUCGGGAAAGACAAUAAAAGCAUACCAAAGAGAGGAUUUGGACAACAUAUCACAUUUGACUGAUAUGAACUCUCAUCAACAACACUGCCUUACAUUUAGAGAGUUCAAUGAAUCAUCUGUUAAAAACAAGGAAACUACGGUAACAGAAACAUUUGCAAAACAUCUCUUGCAGUUCAAUGGCAUGACAGCAGAGAAGGCAUUGGCUCUAACACAGCUUUACCAAACACCCUCAGAUCUGAUGAGAGCCUAUGAAUCCUGCAGUCUUCCUUCAGAUCAAGAGAAAAUGCUUGCCAAAAUCAAGUAUGGUCACUCACAAAGAAACAUGGGGCCUGCAUUGAGUAAACUGGUCUAUCAGCUAUAUUGUUCAUCAAAUGCCCUAACAUGAAUCUUGUGAUAUUAGAGCUGUCACCGACUGUUUAGAAUGGUUGAUUUAUGCAACGAACUGUUUUGAAUUUACAAAGCGAGUGAAGAACAUCAUAAUGAAGAACCAAGAAAAGCAACAACUUAGGAUGUCUGAAAUGAUUCUAAUAUAGGGAACAAUUAGUUUUUUUGUGGAUUCUAAUGUGUAAUUUGUACACUGAUUAUAUGAAAUGCAAUGUAAGAAAUGAUUCAUUUUGUUCAUCCAACAUUUCUUUGUGGAAAAGCUCUUCUGCAGCAGAUAAUUGCUUGACCAUAUUUAUUCAGAUGCAAUAAAAGAACUAAUCAAGGAGCACCGUUUUCUUUUAAAUCAAAGUAAGCUCAAUAUGCGUAUCUGAUUAAGUAUGUGUUGGGAUUUCACCCCCAAAUCACUGUAAAUGCAAACUUAGGCCCUCUGUGCAAGCCUUGCGUGUGACUUGCUGGUAACUAUUUUUGCUUCCCACAGGUUGCAUGCAUCUCACACACAAUUGCCACCAGAAGUGCAUGCAAGUCUGAUUUUCAUGCAGAAAAGUCUUGAACAUGCUCAAAAAAUUUUGGCUGGUGAGUUGCGGGCAAUCACCCGCAACUCACCUGCAAGGUUCGCACAGAACGAUGUGACAAGGACUUUAACCUUAGUCACUCGUGUGACAUUUUAAUACUCAUGAAUGAAGUAUAGGUUGAAUCUGUUUGCAGCACAAAAAUCAAUGAAGGUGGUGCAAGGUAUGGUUUGCAUAAUCUGACCAAAAAACUCAUUUGACAUUUGAGAUUAUUUAUUUCUUUGAAUGACUAAUGGUAGAUGUUUUUUUAUAUACUUUUUGUUUGUUCUUAAAGGACAAGUCCACCCCAACAAAAAGUUAAUUUGAAUAAAUAGAGAAAAAUCAAACCAGCAUACACGCUGAAAAUUUCAUCAAAUUCGGAUGUAAAAUAAGAAAGUUAUGGCAUUUUAAAGUUUCGCUUAUUUUUCACAAAACAGUUAUAUGCACAUCCUGGUCGGUAUGCAAAUGAAGAGACUGAUGACGUCAUCCACUCACUAUUUCUUUUGUAUUUAUUAUAUGAAAUAUUCUAAUUUUCUCAUUAUCAAGUGAAACAACGAUUAAUUCCUUCCUGAACAUGUGGAAUUAGCAUUGUUUAAUACUAUAUGGUUCAAGCAACUUGGUCCUUUUUGUCAAAUCUGUAAAAAAAUUGUUUAUUGUAUAAUUCAAAUAAUAAAAAAAAAUAAAAUAAUGAGUGAUGGACAUCAUCGACUGACUCAUUCGCAGGACACUGAGUUGUGCAUAUCACUGUUUUGUGAAAAAUAAGCGAAACUUUAAAAUGCCAUAACUUUCUUAUUUUACUUCCGAUUUUGAUGAAAUUUCCAGCGUUAUGCUGGUUUGAUUUUUCUCUAUUUAUUCAAAUUAACAUUUUUCUGGGAUGGACUUGACCUUUAAUAAGGGAAUAUGCCAGAAUAGGAAGUAAAUUGUGUCAUUUCUACCUUAUGUAUGAAAAUAAAUAUUUAUGUUUGGACAUUUACAUGUGACAAUGGUGCUGAAUAAAGUAUAAAACUUGA